AUGGCGCCUCCGGCUCCCGGCUCGGCUUCCGCCGGCUCCGGAGAAGUGGACGAGCUGUUCGACGUGAAGAACGCCUUCUACAUCGGCAGCUACCAGCAGUGCAUCAACGAGGCGCAGCGGGUGAAGCCGUCGAGUCCGGAGAGAGACGUGGAAAGGGAUGUCUUCCUGUACAGAGCGUACCUGGCACAGAGGAAGUAUGGCGUGGUCCUGGAUGAGAUCAAGCCUUCCUCAGCCCCGGAGCUCCAGGCUGUGCGCAUGUUUGCGGAGUACCUGGCCAGCGAAAGCCAGAGGGACGCAGUCGUUGCCGAGCUGGACCGAGAGAUGAGCAGGAGUGUGGAUGUGACCAACACCACCUUCCUGCUGAUGGCCGCCUCCAUCUACUUCCACGACCAGAACCCGGACGCUGCCCUGCGGGCCCUGCACCAGGGGGACAGCCUGGAGUGCAUGGCCAUGACAGUGCAGAUCCUGCUGAAGCUGGACCGCGUGGACCUCGCCCGGAAGGAGCUAAAGAAGAUGCAGGACCAAGAUGAGGAUGCCACCCUCACCCAGCUGGCCACUGCCUGGGUCAACCUAGCCGUGGGUGGUGAGAAGCUGCAGGAUGCCUACUACAUCUUCCAGGAGAUGGCCGACAAGUGCUUGCCCACUCUGCUGCUGCUCAACGGGCAGGCGGCCUGCCACAUGGCCCAGGGCCGCUGGGAGGCUGCUGAGGGGGUGCUGCAGGAGGCACUGGACAAGGAUAGCGGCCACCCGGAGACGCUCAUCAACCUCAUCGUCCUGUCUCAGCACCUAGGCAAGCCCCCUGAGGUGACAAACCGCUACCUGUCCCAGCUAAAGGACGCACACAGGUUCCACCCGUUUAUCAAGGAGUACCAGGCCAAGGAAAAUGACUUUGACCGGCUAAUACUGCAAUAUACUCCCAGCGCCUGA